AUGCCUGCGUCCAAUGUGUUCCACUGGAUAGCCACCAACUGGCUUAUCACCGAUCCGGCGCUACGGCUCGAGGAGCCUACGAAAAACUACCAUCCUAAGACUCCAGCCAAUACUUCCCAUAUAUACAUCUGUGGGGGCCGGUUCAAGUCUUCGAAACAGUGGCCGAUACAUGUUUUGGUGUUUUUGGGGAUUUUAGCAGGCGGCGUGUUGUUCUGGGUGUUUGAGGCGUCGUGGCAGUGGCACAAUGUACUGCCUGCUGUGGUUAUAGUGUUUUCUUAUCUAUGGUUCUUGACGCUAAUGUUUAUGGUGAAAACAGCAGGCUGUGAUCCGGGCUUUGCGCCUCGGAAUAUCCAUGUUUCGUAUAGUCCUAGCGUGAUACGGGAAGAGGGCCACCAGGCACCAGACGAGUUCCAUAGCACCGUAUCGCUUCCGUACUUUGGCACUACGAAACCUACUACAGUUAAGUAUUGCGUGACUUGCCAUAUCUGGCGUACGCCACGGAUGAGCCAUUGUCAUAAUUGCGAUUCGUGUGUUUUCGUCCACGAUCAUCAUUGUGUGUUUAUGAAUAACUGUGUUGGCUUGAGGAAUUACCGUUACUUUCUAUGGUUUUUGCUUUUGGCCACCCUUGCAUCGAUAAUGCUUUCAGUUCUUGGCUGGGUCCAUGUUUACCACUACAGGAUGGUGGAGGACCCGGCCGUGCGGUCGUUUUCUGCUUCCAUUUCAAAAAAUCCCGUGUCUUUCUUACUUGCACUAUACGGCAUUUGUGCGUUUAUUUAUCCUGCAAUGCUCCUAGCGUUCCACAUGUUUCUAUCUGCUAAUAAUCUCACUACAAGAGAGUACCUUAAUUAUGUGCGUACGUCUCGCAAUGAGCCCGAAGACGAACGGUAUGUUAAUGUCUACAACACCCACGGCAUGCUAAGAAACUUAUGGAAUCUGUGGUGGGCUAUGCCCCAAGGCAUUGCACUUACAAAUAUCAGAGGAGCAUACAAGGAAGGCGACCUUCGACACGAGCCCUUGAAAGCUUUAGAAUUUGAGGAAAUAAGUCCGCUUCUUUCCUUCUUCAGCACGGGCCAUCCAGCUCCAGAUGCGCUUACAUCUCCAGAUCUGAAGCUAAAUGACGUGGUAGAUCGGGCUAUCAACGCUAUGGAUGAGGAUUCUGAGGGUUAUAAAGAUGCAAUUGAUGCGUUGGUUCUGAAAUAUGAGGCGUUUGACGACGAGAAGCUUGAAGGCAUCAGGUUCAGGAAACCGGUUAUUGCAAGCGAUGGAGCUAUGAAGCUGGGGUUACGUGAACUUCCCGAGGUUUUGAAUAGAUUGCUUCAGCUGACCAGAAACGUGGAAACAGAGGAUCUUGUGGAACAUACAGAAGGUCUUAGUGUGCCUCAAUUGGGUAGUUUAACUACUAGUGUUCUGGAUGAGCAGUAUGAUGAACUUAUUGCUAGGGAAGUUGAGAGUCAGAAGGUCUCGCCAAAACGUACCUUGAACUCUUCGUCGUUUUCCUCGAGAAAAAGGGUCAGACUCGACCCAGAGCAGCUUGCAGAUGCUACUAAGGUUGGUAUAGUUGAGCUGAUAGAUAAGGUGGGCCUUGACGAUGCUGACGAUGUUUUGGAUUCGCUGGUUUGUCAUGUUGCCGAGAAUGGCACUCGUUUACUUAAGCUUGGUGCUAUUAACCUGUUGUUUCACCUUUUUACUCGUCUUACAGAGUCAAACGGGGUUCCUGCUCUUCACCUGGAUUACACACGAAGAACCCAGCAGCUUUGCUUAAAUCGCGUUACCAGUGAGUCUUUAGUGACAUUGGAGGCCAUUGUAUCCGCUAGAUUACUUCUUUUGAUCAUUUCUACUAGAGGUUUGGAGAAGCGUCUUUACAUGGAGACUUACAUUACCGGCAUUGCCGAUUUGGUUUCUCGUGCCAUCACGGCCUCCCUGGGUCAAGAGGAAACCUCAGAGGUUUCAAAGGCUAUCCCAAAGCUUCUUUAUGAUAUCACCAGUUAUGUCGAGCAAGGCAACGUUGACGAACGCAUUUUGACGAAACUAGAGUACGCAUCCUUCGAUGUGAUUUUCAACGAGAACAACGAUGCAAAGUCUUCAGAAUUAAGCUUUUCUCUGAUACAGCUCCUCCAUACCAUCUUCAGCAUAUACGACCACCAGCGUCGUUUCUUGAUUCACGAAAUUAUGAACAACUUUAAUCGCAUUCUGCAUCAGAGCAGUCCCAGCAACCUGCUCCGUACCCCUCUUGGUACAAGUGUUUCAGCAUUCAGCUUGUUACUAGUAAGGCUUAUUCAGUCUUUGGAAGCUGACCAAGAAGCCACCUCAAUUGAGGAUUUCCUUAGGCUACCCAAAUCAUCAAACCCUACAGCUACUGUGAACGCCAAGCGUCUAGCCAUACUUGAGAAACUUGCGGGCAAGUUCAACGAGUCAAAGGUGCUUGCCAAUAUGGUUGCAUCGUUUUGCGUGGAAAAACUUAUAUCUGGCGAAGCCAAUUACAAAGCUGCUUUUAACAUUCUUUUGGAUGACCUUCUCAAGCUUCUUUCUGCACCCGAUAGUCCUGGAGCUGAAACCAUAUUGUCAUCACUCGUAUCUCAUUUUAUUGAAGCGUUGAUGAGAGGCACAAUCCAAACUUCCAAUGAACCGCUUGCUUUAGAUAUAGUUGGUCGUGUUGGGGUUUGUCUUCUUGGCCUCAAGCUAGAUUGUCCCAUAGAGCUUGGUGAUACAGGUAUUUCUAAUCCGCUGGAAGUCAAAGAGCUUGCAAGACUAACCCUGGGAAGCAUGAUGCUUAUUGCUUCUUGCAAAGAUUACAUCGCCUUGAAAACCCUUGCCAGGUAUUCCUCUCUUUUAUCUAAGGCAUCUUCUGGUGUAUCGCAGCAUGGGUUCUUUCAUUCCAGUCCUAGCAAAAAGAGUCGUAUAUCAGAGCACGAGCUUGCUUUACAUGAUUCCAUAGACGAGCUCUUAUCAGGUUUCUAUUUCAAGCCAAGCACCACCGAGAAGGCACCAGAGGUUUACACAAAGCUUAUUCUUGCACUUUCGUUAAAUUCAUUGUAUGACGAGUUCUUGACUCUCUUGACGCAUACCCUUGAAAGUUCGAAAGUUAGACUAAGCACUAAAGCCAUCAAGGUGUUAUCCAAUCUCAUUGAGCUUGACCUGAGCAUUCUUAAGAAUCCAAAGGUGAGUAGCUCGGUUUCAAAGCUAUUGGAAAGUCCUGCUGCCCUGUCAAGAGAUGCUAUUAUCGAGCUUCUUGCCAAAUACAUUUCCUCAAAUAACGGUCUAUUGGAGAGAUACUACAUGCCAAUCUGUGCAAGAACGACUGAUGAAAGUAUUGCUGUACGGAAAAGAGUUAUUCGGAUCAUGAGAGAUUUUCUUUGUUUUACCAAAACUGUUGAGAUCAGGUCACAUUUCUGUAUCAGGCUAAUGAAGAAUUUGAAUGAUCCAGAAGAAAAUGUUAGAGGUAUUGCAAAGGAGACUCUUCACAAUAUAUGCUUCUCUCCAAAAGAGGAGUCUGAUUACAAGUACCCGAUUACGAAGGAGCUGCUUAGGAAGUUGACGGAGACGGCGUUGGAGAUUGCAACCGAAGUUAUAGAUACCGAGGACCAGGGAAGAGCAGAAAAAUCAUUGAAGCUUGUUUCCACGUUCACCAGUCUCGAUAUGGACGUGUUGAGUCAGGAUUACCUCGUAUCGCUUUCGCCUUACGUUUCUUCCUCAGAUGCCAAUGGUGAUAUCUGCUACUACACGCUUAAGAUCUUGAAGUCGGCUGUUCCUAAACGUGCGGCAUUGAGUCUGGCUUUUGUGAAGGAGAUCCAAGAUGUGCUUUGA